AUGAUCAAACUGUGGUUAGGCGAAAUUUCCGAAUAUAAUUACGUAUGUACAGUCACUUAUUUGUAUCCGAAAUAUCCUUUUAGCCAAGGAGAGCUGGCGAAGUCUUCGUUGUUGAAGAUAUUUAAUAAUUUUCACCGUCAGCCGCGAAAUUUGCACGAAAUUUAGCCGCGGCUAGAAUCUCGUUUUUCUGCGAUCGCGAGGGACGAGGAUCGAAAGGAAGAUCGGGAGAUGUAUCAGCACGACUCGGAAAGUAAGCGAAAUCCACGAUGAAAAAAGCGAGCGUCAGCGAAACCGGCUGAGCAGCGUCUGUGUGUUCUUUCGAAUUCGCAUAUCCCACUUCUAUCGAGGUCGGUCUUAUCUCCUCGUCAUCUCGAGGAGUUUGCAGAGUCGCGCGUUCAAAGUGUGCCGCGCGGUGCCAGUUGACGACACAAGUAAAACGGACUACCGAGGCUUAGCUUGAAAUUGAAAUGAAUUUGGUUUUGUUAUCAGGAAAUUGCUGCUAUCUUGAUCAGUUUCCAAAGGCACGCGGAAUGGCAAAGUCGGGAGGUAAAGGUACGACCUCGGAGUGGUUCGAUGUUACUGUACUCGAGAAAGAAAGUCCGUUACCGGCGGGACGGUUAUUGCUGGAAGAAACGGAAGGAUGGUAAAACUACACGAGAGGAUCACAUGAAACUGAAGGUCCAAGGAGUCGAGUGCAUCUAUGGCUGUUACGUGCACUCGGCGAUCCUGCCGACGUUUCAUCGGCGUUGUUAUUGGCUACUACAGAAUCCAGACGUCGUCCUCGUUCACUACUUAAACGUUCCUUACCCGGACGGUGAUGCAAAGCUCGCGGCGCUGCCACCGUGUCUCGCACUGCCGCCAGACAAGAAGGAGUGGACGCGAGACGAGCUGGCUUCCCAGCUUAGACCCAUGUUCCUCGGUGGAGAUGACGAUCCUAACAAUCCUCAUCUUACACAACACUCGAAUCAUCCCGUCGACAUGAUAGUUUCUCAACUGUUGGACAGACAGAGAGCAUCUUCCACUUCUUCUACCACCAGCACUCAGCUUGCACCUAGGAGACUAACACCGGACAAUCAGGUUACGGAGCAACAAAUCGUACAGCAGACGAGCGUGGACAGGGAACAACAGACCCAGCAAGACAUCGACGCUCAAGAAAGUAUGGAUCGCUCGGCGGUGCAAUCGUUGCCGAUCGGUGGCACAGGUCCCGAGGUCACCGAUUUCGCCGAGACGUUGGACCUAAGUCAAGAGGAUAUUCAGCGAACGUUAUCCGCGAACAUGGUUCCACCGUCGCCGUCGCCUUCACCGGCAGACAACAGCAUGAUCAAUCCAAUGGAUUUCAUCGACUCGUCGGACGAUGUUCUAGUUAAUUUAGACGCGUUCGACGUGUUCGGUGAUUUACCCGAGCUUCACGAUUUCGAGGCCGAGCAAAGCAAAGCUGAAGAAAGAGGCGGGUCUGACAGUGACGUGGGAUGUCAUCCUGGAACAACCGUCCAUAUUGCGGAGUAUAGCCCGGAGUGGAGUUACACCGAGGGUGGUGUGAAGGUAUUGGUCGCCGGUCCAUGGACUGGUGGGAGUAAUUCUCAAUCUUAUUCGGUGUUGUUCGACGCUGAACCGGUCGAGGCGUGUUUGGUACAGCCAGGAGUGUUGCGAUGUCGUUGCCCGGCUCAUGCUCCGGGAAUAGCGUCUCUUCAGGUCGCGUGUGACGGCUUCGUUGUUUCCGAUAGCGUUGCUUUCGAGUAUCGUCGGGCACCGACCACCGAGCCAAGCCCAGAACGAGCUCUUCUCGAUCGUUUGGCGGAUGUGGAGUCCCGUCUACAAGGACCUGGCCCUCCAUCUCCCGCAGCUCAUCUGGAAGAGCGACUAGUGGCGUAUUGUCAAGUCAGUAUUAGUCUGUCUAAUCCCGCUCUUUCAAUCGACAGUGGUUUACAAAAGUAUUCGAAUGCACGCAAGUGUUCAAAUACUUUCGCGAGUCAUUGUACACACGUGCUUGGUUCUCUGUCUAAAUGGAGAUUACCUGUGUCUCAGGAUGCUGUUGUCCGUCCGUGGCGAGCUGGAGCGGAACCAUUACAAUCCGGUGGCCCUACUCUCUUACAUUUGGCCGCCGGGUUGGGCUACUCCAGGUUAGCCUGUGCGCUCCUUCAUUGGAGAGCGGAAAAUCCUAGUAGCGUGUUAGAUGCCGAAGUCGAUGCCCUGAGGCAGGAUAGUGCCGGUCUUACGCCACUUGCUUGGGCUUGCGCAGCGGGACACGCGGAUACUGCCAGAAUCCUCUAUAGGUUCGUACAUCGUUUUCUUGAAACUCGCACGAGGACGGAGUAUCGCGGAAUUUCACGACACAGUCUGUACUCCGAUUUGUCUGGGAACGUGUUGCGAAUGUCUGUCUAUCUGCACAGAUGGAACGCAAUGGCGCUUCGCGUGAGGGAUUGUCAGAACAGAACAGCGACCGAGUUAGCGGCGGAGAACGGUCACACGGCGAUCGCAGAAGAAUUGAAUCGACUCGAAGCGAGAAGACAAGACGAGAGGCUUUUCUUGCGACCCGCCAGCCCUAGUCCUAGGAGGCCAUCUCAAGACAGCGGUCUCGAUCUGGCGUUGUGUUAG